AUGGCGUGGGCAUUGUUCUGUGUUCGGCUUUGCCAACCGCCAGUGGGAAACCAGGACGCUCGAGACGAUCAAGAGGCAAACCGCAGGCUGUAUAGCAUCGAGAAGAUGUGCCAGUCUGAGGCUACCCGGCGCAGUGAACAAAGGUUGGAUCGCCUGCCACAAAAACCAGCUGAAGACCAGAAAGCUGGGCUGAAGAAGAGCUCUCGAUUUUCACUCUUCGUCAACUCGCCGAAUCGAUGGCUAUUACUACGAGAAGUCAAACAAACAAACUUCCCGUCAAAAAGGCCCCAGAUGCAUGGAAAGCAAGCACAGACGGUACAGCAUCUCGUCCCAAGAAACAGGUGAAACUAUCCAGGGUUGAGACAAAAGACAGUCGAGCAUCGACCACAUUCAAGUUCUCGCUGCCUGUCGAGCUUGUAUACGAAAUAUCGGGAUAUCUUACUCUCACUGGCUUACUGCACCUCUCUCGCGUCUCUAAAUUCUUCCACGACAUUUUGUGGUCGAGAGGUUCUGCUCAUGUAUGGAAAUUAGCACGGAGGCAUGACCGUGUAAGCUUUCCUCCGUGUCCAGACGAUAUCGCGGAGCCAUUCUGGGUCGACUUGCUCCUCGGUGGACCCAAUUGCCAAGUGUGUUUGAAGGAUGGAGUCAAGACCGUGACCGACUUCGAGCAUCGACGUCGGGUUUGCGCCAGUUGUCGUGGCAAAACUCUAGUUCAAGAAGAACGCGCUUUUGACCUCGGACCGGACAUCAUGAGAUGCCGGAUGGAGCUGCUGCCUAAAGUACAUCAUGGCCCCGGUUAUAGACCGAAUCACUACCUUAGGCAAGACGUUCUCACCCUUCAAGUUGAGGUUCAAAACAUCGAGGACGAAGAAGAUAAUACUCGUGUGUGGGAAAUGGCGCGCUCGCUAAUGGUAUCCCUGGAGCAUAGCAAGGAGGCGAGAAUGUUGCAAGUCCGUGAGGCAAAAGAAUGGAUAGAAGUUCAAGCAAAGGAAGGAAGAAAGAGCAAGGGGCGCCGAAGGAAGUAA